UUUAUCUUGUAAAAUAAAAAAGUCAUUGGUCAUUUCCGGGAAGUGGGCUACCGGUGUUUGUCUUUUCAUCCACACUGGCAGGAGGAAUCAAGAGCCUGGACGAGAAGGAGUGUGAAGCCAUGGCUGAAAAUGCAGCAGGUGCUGAGUUUUCACAGAGGCGACUCGGACCCAAAGAGAGCCACAAUGGUAAUUUUAAAGAUGUAUCAUUCAGAGAAAGAAGGCAGCAAGAACGAGAAGAGCGCCUCUCUCUGGUGCUGUGGAGAAAGCCCCUCCAGACGCUGCAGUAUUCUUUCUUAGAGACGCUAAUCACUUUGAAGGAGUGGACAUGGACGCUCUGGUACAGAAGAUAUUCAGUGUUUUUGGUCCUAAUGCUUUUUUCAGUCUUCACAAUGGCCUAUUCAAUAGAAGGAUCCCAUCAAACGUAUGUACAGUACAUGGAGAAGAAGAUCCUGUGGUGUGCCUACUGGGUAGGCUUGGGUAUUUUGUCUUCAGUAGGCCUUGGCACAGGCCUUCACACUUUUCUUCUUUACCUGGGCCCACACAUAGCCUCUGUGACACUGGCAGCGUAUGAGUGUGGUUCCGUGAACUUCCCCGAGCCGCCAUAUCCAACUCAGAUUUUAUGUCCUGAGGAGGAGGGGGUGCCUGACAGCGUGUCCCUCUGGACCAUUAUGUCUAAGGUCCGGUUGGAGGCAUGCAUGUGGGGAGCUGGUACUGCCAUUGGAGAGCUUCCUCCUUACUUUAUGGCACGCGCAGCCCGUCUUUCUGGAGCUGAACCGGAUGAUGAGGACUACGAGGAAUUUGAAGAGAUGCUGGAACAAGCAGAGAGUGCACAGGAUUUUGCAACAAGAGCUAAACUUGCUGUACAAAACAUGGUUCAGAGAGUAGGAUUCUUAGGAAUUCUGGCCUGUGCCUCAAUCCCAAAUCCUCUGUUUGACCUGGCUGGGAUAACAUGCGGCCAUUUUUUGAUCCCAUUUUGGACCUUCUUUGGAGCAACGCUGAUCGGAAAAGCUGUUAUCAAGAUGCACAUUCAGAAACUCUUUGUAAUCAUAACGUUCAGCAAGCACAUAGUGGAGCAGAUGGUCGCUCUGAUCGGGGCCAUACCCGGGGUUGGAGUUUCCUUACAGAAGCCUUUCCGUGAAUAUCUGGAAGCACAGCGAGCUAAGCUUCAUCACCCAGCUGGGGAUGGCACACCUGCGGGUGAGAACUGGCUCUCCUGGGUCUUUGAGAAAGUGGUUCUCGUCAUGGUCUGCUAUUUCAUUUUGUCCAUCAUAAAUUCCAUGGCACAAAGCUAUGCCAAGCGGGAGCAGCAAAAGAAGCACUCAGAAGAGAAAACCAAGUGAUAGACUCGCAGUUAAUCAUCUCAGGCUCCCGGUUUUGGAAACUAAGGAGUGUUUAACCCCUGAGGAAAAAAAAGCCGGAACGGGCACUAAUUUACCUUGUGCUUUUUUUUUGUGUGUGUGUACUUUUUUGUUGUAUUCCUUUCACGCACACACACACACACCCUCCCCCUUCCUUCAAGUUGUCUGUAGCUUUUGACUAUUAAAAUCAGAUGUUAGAACUUUGUGUUUUUUACCUCUACAGAGAUUCAGUAGAGACUGUGGACGGUAAUACUCGUUGCAAAGCCUUAUGCAACACUGCAGGGUCAUGCUUCCAUUGAACUGAAUGCAGUUCUGAUCAUGUAGAAUAAUUUAUUAAAUUUCUGUUAACAGUGUGAAUGGGCAGGAUUACGUUUGUGAAAAUGGUGAUGCGGUGAGUUCUUUUCAGGGGCAGUUCUCUCUCUCUCUCUCUCAAACAAGAUCUGGUUGGAUUUUCAUUUUCUUACACAGGGACAGCAAUAUAUAUAUAAAAAAAAUCUCUUGUGGCUUCUUAAUUGCCUGCACAUUGUGUAAAUAAUUUGUGUUUUAACAUAGGUUAUAAUGCAAGUCUAAACCGACUUUCUGCCAUAUGUAAUGAAACUGAUGUUAUUUAAAUCUUAAAACUUAAAAAGCCUCAUGAAACAUCAUAUAGGCGUUUACCUUUAUAAGCUGCCUCGAUUAUAAUUAUCAUUAUUCAUUUUUUUUUCUGUCUUAAUACAUUUGAUAUAAAGCUAAAACUUGUAGGUCUUUCAUAGACCUUGGUUUAAUUCUGUUGGACAUUAAAAUCAAGUAAUGCAACAUUUGGUUACUUUUCAUCAUGUUCUAGCUUAGAGUCAUGGUCAAGUCAAAUGCUGCCUGCUAUCUAUAGACAGGAUUUUUUUUUUCUUUUUUUAUUCCUGAACAUGUCUAUCUUUUACAGGUAAGUGUAAUUUCUAAAAAAAAAAAAAAAAAAAAACAUUUCCUUUUAAAUCUGAGUGGUUGGCAUUGUAGGAGUGCUAGUGAUUUUUAUUGUACAUUCUUCCAUAUAUAACUUCUAUAUAAUGUGAGAUAUAACCUACUGUGAAGUAGUUACAUUGAUAAGAAUCAGCAGCAGAGGAGGUUUUGUAAUGACUGAUAAAAUGGAACGGGGCAGGUUAGUAUUUGUGAGCAGGAUUGAAGGGAAGUUGAACAGUUUUGCAUAAUUCACCGUUGAGGUUCCUUUUUUUCAGGAGCACCAUGUUCUCACACUCCCAUCGUGUCAGAUAGCUUAUCAGACUGGUGUUGGCUCUGAAGUCGUAAGGCGACAACAGUCUGUAGGCUGACUGAAAUUUUGGGUUUGUCACCUCCAGAGGAAAUGAAAGAACUUCAGUUUUCUAGUGGCCACUUCUGCUUACAGUAACUUGCCUGGAUUCCCAAAACAACAGUUAUGAAAAUGGAAGGAAUUCUUAUACAGGAGAAGUUACUCUACUUCUACCCAUUUCUAAAGUGUGUUCGGACCAGUCAAAUUUAGAGAAAUGUGUUUUAGAUUGAUACAUUUCACACUUUUCAUGUCAGUAUAGCAUGAAUAGAUGUCAUAACAAAUGAGUAAUUGCCUUUGAGUAUAUUUAAAAUAAAGAUGAUUUGCAUUUUUAUUUGUAGGAGAAAAAGGUAGUUAUUGAGCACUGGCAUUGAACAAGCCUAACAUAACAGACCAGGAGAGAGAAAUAUUCCUUAAAUCCUUAGUGACAAAAAUUUUUUUUUUUUAGAAGUUACAAUUAAAUAUUCUGUAUUUGUGUGGUUGAAAUAAGUUUUUUGAACUAGAAAAGUUAAGUUGAAAUGUAAAUUUAUUUAAUACUAUACAAAAUUUGUAGAAAAUAGAACAAGGCCAAACACACCCAUUUUAAAUAGUUUUCAGGCACUAUUGAGUUAAAAAAAUAUAUUUAGCUGUCAUUUAAAAUAAAGAAGUAGCAUCAGAGGUGGGUGUAGCUGGAGACAAUCUGUUCCAAAAUGGUAAAGCUUUCAAGAAAAUCUUCUUCUGAAAUUCCAAAUUUGGUGUAUUGGUGAAUAUACGCCCUGUGAACACAACAAAAAUAAAUAAAUAAAGAAAAAUUAAAACAC